ACAAGAUCAAACCGUCUUCCCCUCUCAAGAUCUAGACCUCCUCUACUCCAAGAAACUGGAAAUGGCUUCAUAUUCUUUGAACAAUAAUACGUUCCAUCAUGCUCGUUCCGACCGCUUGCCAUCUAGAGCUCAUCCCGUAAUUUUACAGCUCGAGGAGAACUUACACAGCUUGGGAGUUUCUGAAAAAACUUGUUCCUCAUCAACCCUAGUUCACAAGCUAAAUAAGCUUCAAGAUCUGCAUGAGUGUAUCCAGAAAUUGCUUUUGCUUCCCCUCGUGCAACGCUCCUUCGCACAGUAGCAGGAGAACAGAUGGGUCAAUGAGCCUCUGGAUGGUUCUCUCAGGCUGUUGGACUUGUACAGCACUGCUAGGAACAGCCUGCAGCAAACCAAGGAAGGCUUGCAAGAGCUUCAUUCAAGUAUGAGAAGGAGAAACGGAAGUGGGAAUGUGCUUUCUGGCGAGGUUAGUAAGUACUUGAGCAUGAGGAAGUCAGUCCAAAAGGCAAUGAAAAAGGCCAUUUUGGGCUUGAAGGCAACAAAGGAUAACUCUGCAGCAUCCCCUCUCGGCGAAGACGAUGAAGCUACAGUCUUUGUUAGCUUGUUGAGAGAAGUGGAAGUGGCCACUGUCGCCUUCUUCGAAUCAGUUUUGUGCUUCAUCUCUGGAACCAGGCAGUUGUGGUCGAAGAACAGCAGGUCCCUUAUCUCUAAGGUGGUGCUCAAGGAAAGAACAUCAUCUGAGGAAGGGAAGGCGGACAUAAAUGAAUUUGCCAAGCAAGCUGCAGCUUUGGAAUCUCUGAUCAGUCACAAGACAAGCACAGUUCACGAUCUAAUGCAAGUCGAACGAUUGCAGAAUGGUCUAAAGAAUCUCAGUCUCCUUAUUCUGGAUCUGGAGGAAGGGCUUGAGAGCCUGUACAGGAUGUUGAUCGAAACCCGAUCCCUUCUCAACGUCUGUACCAACUAAUCUGUAAUAUAGUUGAGAUACAGAUUGUCGAAACAAAAUUUUGUGGGCAAAAAUUUUGC